AUCCGGCGGUACCGGGCGGUACCGGGCGGUAUCGGGCGGUAUCGGGCGGUAUCGGGCGGGCCCCCCCGGGAUGCCGCCAGCCCCCCGCCGAGCCCGGCCGGCGCCGCGCCUGCCUUGAACCAUGUGGGCGCGGGGUCCCCCCGAGCCCCGGCGGCGCUGCUGGCUCCGGGCGGUGCGGAGGCGGCUGCCGAUCCUGGGCUGGCUGCCCCGCUACUCGCCGGGCUGGCUGCAGCUCGACCUGAUCGCCGGCGUGACCGUGGGCCUCACGGUGGUGCCGCAGGCGCUGGCGUACGCCGAGGUGGCCGGCCUGCCCCCGCAGUACGGCCUCUAUUCCUCCUUCGUGGGCUGCUUUGUCUACUGCUUCCUGGGAACUGCCAAGGACGUGACGCUGGGUCCCACCGCCAUCAUGUCGCUGCUCGUCUCCUCUUACGCCUUCCAUGACCCUGUCUAUGCCGUGCUGCUCACCUUCCUGGCUGGCUGCAUCCAGCUGGCCAUGGGGCUCCUGCACCUUGGUUUCCUGCUGGACUUCAUCUCCUGCCCAGUCAUAAAAGGCUUCACAUCGGCUGCGUCCAUCACCAUUAGCUUCAACCAGGUCAAGAACAUCCUGGGCCUGCACGGGAUCCCUCGGCAGUUUUUCCUGCAGGUGUAUGAAACGCUGAGGAGGAUUGGGGAGACCAGGCCUGGGGACGCCAUCCUGGGUCUGGUCUGCCUGGCCACGCUCGCAGGGCUGCGGGCAAUGAAGAGCCGCCUGCCCCCCGCCGCCCACACGGAGCCGCUGGCCACCAGGGCCAGCUACCUGAUCGUCUGGACCUGCGCCACCGCACGCAACGCCCUCGUGGUCCUGUUUGCUGGCCUGGUGGCUUACUGCUUCCAGCUGAGGGGCUCCCAGCCGCUGACGCUCACCGGCAGCAUCCCCCGCGGCCUCCCCCCCUGCCGGCUGCCGCCCUUCUCCAAGGCUGUGCCCAACGGCACCGUGCCCUUCGGGACGAUGGUGGAGGACAUGGGAGUCGGGCUGGCUGUGGUCCCACUCAUGGGCCUGGUGGAGACCGUUGCGAUUGCCAAGGCUUUUGCCUCGCAGAACAACUACAGGAUUGACCCCAACCAGGAGCUGCUGGCCAUGGGCUUUGCCAACGUCCUGGGCUCCUUCUUCUCAUCGUAUCCCGUCACAGGAAGCUUUGGCCGGGCUGGACCUUGUCCCCCUCUGCGUGACGUUCCUGUUCUGCUUCUGGGAGGUGCAGUACGGCAUUGUGGCCGGGGUGCUGGUCUCAGGGAUCCUGCUGCUCUACUCCAUCGCCAGGCCCCCGCUGAAGGUGUCGGGGCAGGGCAUGCUGCUGGUGCAGCCGGGGAGCAGCCUGCACUUCCCAGCCAUCGAGCACCUCCGGGAUGUCAUCUGCAGCCGCGCUCUGUCAGCAGCACGCUCACCGUGCUCCAUCAUCCUGGACUGCCACCGCAUCAGCAGCAUCGAUUACACGGUGGUGGUGGGGCUGGCAGAGCUGCUGCAGGAGCUGCGCAAGCACGGCAUCUCGCUGGCCUUCUGCAGUCUGCAGGACCAGGUUCUCCGAGCCCUGCUGGCUGCAGACCUGGAAGGAUUCCGACAUUUCCCCAGCUGGGAGGAGGCAGAGCGGUGCAGCGGAGCGGAGCCGGGAGGCAGCGGGGCAGUCCCCUUCGACAGCACCAGCACCAGCGAGAGCUCGCUGCUGCCCACGGGGCUCAUCCAGUGAGGCAGAGGAGCCGCGUGGGGCUUUCUCAGGACCACGUCUCCUUGCCCGAGCAGCUGUUCCCGAUGGCCCCGGAGGCUGCACGCCCUGUGCAGGCAGGGCAAUGCCCGGCAGUGUGGGGGAGAGACGGCAAAGGCGGGGGAGUGACCUGGAGGGUCCCUAUCGCUGCCACCGGGAGUCACCCCCCCUCCAUUCCAGGCUGGCCCCAUCCUGGGAGCAGCUGCCUUUUUUAAAUCGGAUGUUUUAUUUUUGGAAACUUUUCUUACUCUGAUCCGUUUCGAGCUCUGACACAGAGCGUGCUCUUGUCACCAUGAGUUUCAAGGAUGCUGGAGCUGCCCUGCACGCCCAAGGCCGUGCUGCAGUUCUCAAGCUCAGGCUGCCAGGAAAAAAAAAAAAAAAAAGAACAACAUUGAUUAUUUUGCUUCUUACUGAUCCCUCUUGGUUUGUGGGAUUUUCUGCCGGACUCUGCCCUUCAGCAGGGCUGGGCUGUCCCACCUGGGCACUGCAGGGCUACGGCUGUCCUCCCACCUCUCGCCAGACUUCUGCUGGCCACCCCAGGGGACAGCUGCCGUGCCGUCAGUCUCUGUUUGCCUUGCUGUGAAAUGGGUGUUGCCAGACAGUGGGGCAUGGGUCUGGGAUCCACAGCAAAGCAGUUCUCCUGAGCUGCAGUUGGCUGACCCCCUCCCGUACGGAGGGCAUAAUAAAACAGUAAUUACAAAUGA